UUAAAAAAUAAUUUGAUUUGUAAAAUUAAAAUUAACGCAUUAAUUUCUCAUAAAAAAGAAAUUGAAGUGUCAAUAGAUGAAUAGUAAAAAUAAUCAACUCUAACCUUUUCAAAGUUGUCAUGAGUUGAAUUUAUUAUUGUCAUUAUUUUUUUUUGGUUGAAAAAUUAUAUAAAAAUUAUACAGUAUGGAGAAUGAAGAAGAAGCGGAAAUAAAAAAGGAAUCUCUGGAAGAAGAAGUACAGAAAGGAAUAAUCGAUGAAAAAUCUAAUAAUAAAGUAUCAAAAUUAGCGUCUGACAGUUUGCGAUCUAAAAAUAAAUCUAGAAGAGUGAUACCACGUGAGUGCUUGGACAGAGAAGACUGGAUAAAUUUAUUGGCGACUCCGCGGCGCAUACGCACUCCCCCUUGCGUGAAAAACGAAAAAAAACGCGUUACUCUAGUGCGAGAUAAAUUAUCAGAACCGCCUCGUCAUCGGAUAAUUUCUACUCUGCAAGACCGCGGAAAAAUUUUACCAGCUCCGUUAAUUGAUCGUCUGAUAAACAUUUUGGAGUUCGAAGAUUCUCUAAGCCCAGAACAAGCAGAAGAAUUAUUUUUCGAUACGACCAAGAAGAAGAAGAAGAAUAAAUUAAAAACAAUAGUGUGUCGCGGCAAAGCGAUAAAAGCAGUAGCAGACAGCAGUGAAGACUUUGAUAGAGAUGCUGUUCUCUGUCAAUAUAAAUUAGCAGAAGCAUUAGUGCGAAGUAUUCUUCAAUGGGAAUGCCCGUUACCCCGCGAAGAAUUCAAAGACAUCGCGGAUGUUAUGUUCCAACGUUUAAAAGGCGUUAUCACUAACGGCACACACUCGGCCUUGGAUGAGGACGAGAAAGUGUAUCAACAAAUGCGAAUUAUUUCCGAGAUCGUGGGCUGCUGGGUCGCGGGAGUCCUCAUCGAAGUCGCUCAGAAUAACGAACAGCUGCUCAAGGAAGAGUGCGAAGAAAGGAAAAAGGCCGCGGAAGAAGACUCUUAUGAUGACGACAGCGAUAAUGUUAUCGAUGAAUAUUCAACGGACUCUACUCUGAAUUCCGCCCACCAAUAAAUUACUUACUAUUAUAUUAACUAUUUACUCACUACAGAUCAUUAUCUUUUUUUUUUUAUUUCAUGUAGUGAAAGUCGGGUAUAUCAUUUCUCUCUUGAUUUAAAAAAAAAAAAAAAAAAUUUAAUUAUUAAUUUUGUUUUUGCUGCGGUAACAGGCUUUCUAGUCUAUAAUCCACUUAAAUUUAAAUAUUCGCGAUAUCUGUAGUGUGAAUUUAAAAAUAAAAGUCGGUGACAGUCUUUGGUAUCCACGCUCUCGUUUCCUCAUUCGAUCGGUAUAAUAUAUUAUAACGCAAACGUAAAAACGUGUAACGGAAUAUCUGGUUUCAUGUUGUGGAGAAAGCGACAAUCAUUUUAUACAUUUAACCACUCAUACUGCCGGAAGAUAUCAUUAAUACUCUGUA